AUGGCUGCUUUUCUUCGCCGAAUCGUUGCCGGACCGCGUGCUGAACACGCAGAAACCGGUCUUGAUCUCUGCUAUGUCACCUCUAAUAUCAUCGCAACUUCUGGACCGUCGCAGACAUAUCCGCAACUUGCCUACCGCAACCCGCUCGACCGCCUGGUCGCGUUCCUCGAUGCCAAGCACGAGAAGAAUUGGGCCAUCUGGGAGUUCCGUGCCGAGGGCACUGGUUACCCCGAUAACGCCGUCUACAAUCGCAUUCGACACUAUCCAUGGCCCGACCACCACCCACCGCCCUUCCGCCUGGUGCCUAUGAUCGUGGAAAGCAUGCACCAGUGGCUGCAGGGCGAGGACGAAGACGGCACGACGGACAGGAAAAACGGCCGUGUUGUCGUGGUGCAUUGCAAGGCUGGAAAGGGCCGGUCUGGGACCAUGGCCUGCAGCUACCUCAUCUCCGAAUAUGGCUGGUCGUCGGAAGAGGCCCUCAACCGCUUCACGCAACGCCGCAUGCGGCCUGGCUUCGGUAGUGGCAUCACCAUUCCCUCGCAGGUGCGCUGGAUCGGCUACGUGGAACGGUGGGCACGACAGGGCGGCAAGCGGUACGUGGACAGGCCGGUCGAGAUUGUCGAGAUUCACGUCUGGGGCCUGCGGCACGGCGUCAAGCUGGCCAUCGAGGGCUACGUCGACGAGGGCAAGAAGAUUCAUGUCUUCCACACUUUUGGCGGAGAUGAGCGCUUUAUCGUCGAGGGGAAUCCACCAGGAGGCGGCGGUCUGGUAGACUUGGUGUCUGAUAUGGCAGGAGCACACUCUGGUAGUCCAAGACGAGAGGCCGGAGCAGACAAGGCGAAAAAGGAGAGAGACAGGCCGAAGCAAGACAUCAAGAGACCGGAAACGGAUAACGUCCUUGCAAACAAUGCGUCCCAGAACAAGCCCUCGCUGGAGGACAAGAGCCGGUCGUCGCCGGCGUUGGUAACGUACAAAUCCUCGUCACCACAGCCGUCCAGACAGCAGUCGUUCCGGUUUGCAGCACAAGACGAGCCAGGCGGCCAGGCAGUUAUCUUCAAGCCCAAGGAACCUAUCCGUAUCCCCAACAGUGACGUCAAUGUGUGCAUUGAGCGCCGAAAUAGGACGGCACCCAACAUUAUGGGCCUCACAAUGGUGACAUCCGUGGCUCAUGUUUGGUUUAACGCCUACUUCGAGGGCAACGGGCCCGAGCAAGACGGUCAGCCUGAUGAGAAUGGUGUCUUUGACAUUGAUUGGGAGAAGCUAGACGGCAUCAAGGGGAGCAGUCAAAAGGGGAGCCGAGCGGCUGAUCGACUGGCGGUCGUGUGGCGGGCAAUAAAAUCGGCUGACGAGCAGAAGACAGAAGAGGAAAGCGUGCCGAAGUCUACAGCGGAAGCAGUAAGUUCAAACGCCGCUGAGGCGACAGCCACAGCUAUAUCGCCUGGAGAAGUCCCACAGAUGCAACCGGCCGACUGGAGAGGCGGCAACCAAGAAGACCCAGAAGCCGGCAAAAGCUUGGGGUUGCGCAAAGAAGACCCAGACAGUGGAACAGUUAGCAAAGCGAGCAGUGUCCAGGGUGUGCCUGUCGGUGAUGGUGGUAGCGAUGCGCUGAAGGGGGUCAAGACCACCGGACCAGGAGGUGAAGCCUUGGCGUCAGACAGCAAAGGCAGCAGUAUAUGA